CUCUUCCUGUUCUCAGCUUCCGUGCGCUCAGCUUCCUUACAGCACCCCCAUCUGCCAGAGCGGAGCCUCCCUAGGCCCUGCCUAGCCUUAAGUCUCCUCAAUCCUUCUGGCUGCAGAAGUCUCCUUAACCCUAAUGAGAGGAGGGGCUGGUCCGAGUCUCUUGAGAGCCGAGGGCUGAGGGCAUUGAGUCAACACAGACUCGUCGCCUCUGCCCCCAAAGACACUCACACCCUUCAUGCGGAGCCAAGAUGGGGAACAGAACCGAGGAGGAUUAUAACUUUGUCUUCAAGGUGGUACUGAUCGGCGAGUCAGGCGUGGGGAAGACCAAUCUGCUCUCCCGGUUCACCCGCAAUGAGUUCAACCACGACAGCCGCACCACCAUCGGGGUUGAGUUCUCCACCCGCACUGUGAUGCUGGGCACCGCUGCUGUCAAGGCUCAGAUCUGGGACACGGCUGGCCUGGAGCGGUACCGAGCCAUCACCUCGGCGUACUAUCGUGGUGCCGUGGGUGCCCUGCUGGUGUUUGACCUCACCAAGCACCAGACCUACGCCGUGGUGGAGCGCUGGCUAAAGGAGCUCUAUGACCAUGCAGAGGCCACCAUCAUUGUCAUGCUCGUGGGUAACAAGAGUGAUCUCAGCCAGGCCCGGGAGGUGCCCACUGAGGAGGCCCGCAUGUUCGCUGAAAACAAUGGGCUGCUCUUCCUGGAAACCUCAGCCCUGGACUCCACCAAUGUUGAGCUGGCUUUUGAGACUGUCCUCAAAGAGAUCUUCGCAAAGGUGUCCAAGCAGAGGCAGAACAGCACCCGGACUGGUGCCAUCACCCUGGGCAGUGGCCAGGCUGGACAGGAGCUGGGCCCUGGGGAGAAAAGGGCCUGUUGCAUCAGCCUCUGACCUUGGUCAGCGCAAACCCUGCCCUCACGGGCGUUCUGGGCGCCACCCCACCCCCAAGCCCCAGACCCUUUCCCCGUCCUUUGGUUCCUGAUGUCAGCGUCCAGUUCUCUGUCCACAGCCCCCCAGAGCUCUGAGGACUUCGUGCCCCGCCACACACGUCCCACAGACGAGGCCCUCACAUAAAGCUGUGUUUUGUAUCGAUGCCUGG